AUGAAGUUUCACCGGAACGUCCAAAGAUGGACUAGUCUUGUGCUGCUUAUAGGAACUUUAGUAUCUGCCGACAAAAGCGGCCCAGAGUUGGCAGAUAUUGCCCACGAUGCAAAUCCAACUUGCCACAAGCCGAAUCUAUUUAAAACAGCGGCCAAGUUAACUACUACUCCCAAUCAAGAAGACCAAACACCCGCCGAGAAAUCCCACCCCGACUCUGUUGUGUCUCGAAUGUUAUCGCACUUCAAAAGAGCGGCUUCAUUUGUCCGCACCAGUCGAUCGGGUCUAACUCCGUACCUCAGUAGUGGGAUAGCUGAGUCAGGAGAAGCCGACGCCGCUCCUGCUAGUUCUGCUGGAUCGCCAUCGCCCGAGCCUAACCCGCCCCCUGCAUCCGCACCAAGUCCAUCGGCUAGCAGUCCUGCAGCCUCUCCCCCAUCUCCGUCGGCGGACAAACCGCCAGCUGGUAAUGCCAAACCUGCUGCCAAAGACCCCUAUGCCGGCCUAGAAGACUUCAGUUCUUCCCCGGCAACAACUAGCCCAAUGCUAGCCAGCUCAAAACCGACCACCAGUUCGGCAGCAGCAGUGCCUGCAUCAACUGCUAGUUCAGCCAGCAGCACACCUUCUACUAUGCCAGCUACUAUGUCCUCUACUACGGCACCUACAACCAGCUCGGCCGGCGGCAUAGGACCAUCAGUGGCUAGCUCUGCGACCAGCCCGCCUUCUACCAUGACAUCUGCUACUUCCAGUCUUGGUAUAGGACCUUCUACAGCUAGCUCGGCUGCUCCCAAAGAAAGUGGAGGUGUGCUUGAUGCAUUGUUUGGUAAUAAGAGCAAUACAUCCACCUCCGGAGUUAGUAGCACAGUGCCUCCAACUAGCAUCCAAACAAGUGCUAGUGCUGAACCGACCAAGACCAAAUCCACUACAACCGAACCAACUGCAAAAGAAAGCCCCGGCAUUAUAGAUACGCUAGCAAACCUCUUUAAGGGUUCUCCUGAUGAAUCUAAAAAGGCCGCUAGCCAAGGGCCCGAUUCGCCCACUAAGGCUUCUUCACCUGGUUCGACUAGCACCACAUCCGCCCCAACUAGUUUAACGACCAGUUCAGCUAGUGCCGCAGCUAAUACUUCGUCGACUGCAGCUGCAGCGACUAGCAAAGCAUCUACAACCGCCACCUCUUCAGCGGCUCCCAACGAAACUAGCAAGGGCAUUGUGGAUGGUGUUCUAGACCUACUCAAUAUUGGAGAUAGCAAGAACAAAAGCACGAGCGCCGCCAGCAAUACUAAGCCAACCCUCAGCAACACUGCGUCUACUUCCUCUACUCCAGCCACUACUUCUACUUCUUCUGCUCCAUCCACUACCUCUACUUCCUCGGCUCCAUCCACAGCAUCUACUUCUUCUACCCCAACCCCAACAUCUACUUCUUCUACCCCAACCCCAACAUCUACUUCUUCUGCUCCAUCCACUACCUCUACUUCCUCGGCUCCAUCCACAGCAUCUACUUCUUCUACUCCAUCCACAGCAUCUACUUCUUCUACUCCAUCCACAGCAUCUACUUCUUCUACUCCAGCCACUACCUCUAUUCCAACCACUACUUCUACUACCUCUGCUCCAACCACAACAUCUACCCCAACCACAACAUCUACUUCAAGCUCGACGCCUGCAUCAACUCAUGGCUGUAAUGGACAUUCUUGUGGCGGUCCUCCGAUUAAUAACACCUACUAUUAUGGUCCUAUUGAUCAAAGUCACAAGAGCAACAUCCACAACCAAAGCACUGUUAAUAACACCAACAACACAAGCAACAACAACUACUCCACGAACAACAACACCAAUAUUAACAACAGCACCAACAUGAGCCAAAGCGUCAAUCAGCAGAACCACAAUAAUUCAAGGAAUACUACCAACACCAACAUUAGCAACAACACCAAGAUGAGUCAAAGGUUCAGCCAGAAAAACAACAACAUCUCCUCUAACACCAACAACACCAAUAUUAGAAACCGCACCAACAUGAGCCAGAAAGUCAAUAUGCAGAACAACAACGUAGCACCGGCAAAACCACCUAUUAAGCCAGCAAGACUAACAGCUAAUAGAGUAGCAAACAGAAACAACAACAGCUCUACUGCCACUCAAGCUUCCACACAAAACAACUCCAAGGCCAGUCAAAACAUCCAGCGUAACCAACAGUCACAAUUCUCUUCCUUCGCCAAUCGUUCUCAGCAGAGAUAUCAGGCCCGUUCUCAAAAUAACAGCUUUGCCCAGAGAUAUAGUCAAAACAACCGGUUUCUCCCACCCCGGCUGUGCGAGCGACCUGCCUAUAAUCGGUUUGCCAACCAAUCCAGACAAUACAACCAACGUCUCCAAAAUAGUCAGGCUACUCAGUCCAACCAAGUCAACCAACGAUCCCAAGCUAACGCCCCUGCAAUUAACCGUGGGUUCCAAAACCAAAGAGCAGCCCAGCAACAAAGCCAAUAUGCAUCCUACCGAGCAAGCUCCUUCUCCUCCCGCCAAGCAAGUUUUAGCUCUAGUGCGACAAGAAGCCAGAACAUACAAAGCCAGGCGAAGCAGCAGCCUCCAACGCCACCUCCAAGCCCCCCACCCGCCAUAGCUGCAACCAAUGGCAACUAUCGCCAAAUGCAACAAAGAUCAUCCUCCAGCAAUUCACAGGCAAGUCGCAUGCGCUUCUCCCAAAGGAAUAGUUCAUCACAAAGCACCACUAACACAACCAAUACUAACCAAAAUCUAGCCCGGCCACAAUCACCACCCCCAGCACCGGCACCGGCACCAGCGCCAGCACCAUCUCGACUCACGGCCAGAACAAACACCGCGAAUCAAAGCAGUCGGUUUUCACGACAACUCUCAAGUAGUAGUACUACUAGGCAAACCCAAAACAGAGCUUCUUCAAGAGUACCGAUCCCACCUCCAGCACCGGCACCUGCGCCAGCACCACCUCAGCUCGCAGCCAGAACAAACACCGCGAAUCAAAGUAGCCGGUUUUCACGACAACUCUCAAGUAGUAGUACUACUAGGCAAACCCAAAACAGAGCUUCUUCAAGAGUACCGAUUCCGCCUCCGGCACCAGCGCCGGCGCCAUCUCGACUCACAGCCAGAACAAACACCGCGAAUCAAAGUAGUCGGUUUUCACGACAGCUUUCAAGCACGAGUACUACUAGCCAAACCCAAAACAGAGCCCCCUCACAAUCACCACCAAGUGCAUUAGCUACUCGUCGCAACAGCUACAGCCAAAACACUCAAGGUUCUGCAGCGAGAAACACUUUCAACCAACAGUCCUCUUCUUUGUCUAGAGCACAGCGUGCCACUAACAGCGCAGCCUGGGCUAAGGGUAGUGCGAUAACCAGUCGCACCAUCGGAACACAGUACCAGCGAUCAAAUAAUUAUCGUCAAAGGCCUCCCAUUCAAAACUUCGCACCUCAUGGACACCAUAAUGCUAGAGUAGCCCUAAAUGCCACCAACCAAGUAUCGACAUCCUCUGUUCCCGGAAACUGUGCUCGACAGCCUGUUGCUUCUAAUGGCAACAUGUAUGCUCAGCAAUCCCAAAUGUGGAAUCAAACCACGCAGUCCAUGACCCGGGCUGGUGGCUGCGGCGUCCGCCGAGGCCGCUCAUGCAAUCGAAACAUCCCACCUAACCCGACCAAUCCGAAUAGGCCGCCUAACCCGAAUAACACGCCACCUACAGAAGAAGAGCGAAUUAUUGUUGUUGAUCUGGACAACGCCGAGCACGAACUACCCAGGGCUCGGCUCUUUGAUGAAAUCAUCCAAAAGAACAUUCCACAACAAGAAGAGCAGCUUCCCGCCCUCCAAACCGUCUUCCAACACAUUGUAGUAGGAGAUAAAGCCAUCAGAGAGCUCAAGGCCACCCAAAAAGAAACUGAUUUCGGCUACCGGGUUGAAAACAACGAAUUCAUAAUUGAGCCCACUUAUGUCUCCUACGAGGACUUCCGAGCAAGCUAUUUAGAAGCCAACACCAAGGCCUUCAUGUCCUUCCUUAUUGAUGGCCGGCCAAUCGAACUACCAAUCACUCUAGAAGACCUGGACACAAACACAAGCACCAAAAUUAGUCUAGAGCAGCUUGCUGAUGCCGACCUAGACAAGUACACUAAGACACCACCACCCGCUACUCCCCAGCCACCCUUGAAAUAA